AUGUUACUUCAAAAAGUCUGGCAACUUGGUUUGACUUGGGAUGAUCAAUUACCUGAAGAUGUGUUGGCAAAAUGGCGAUUGUGGGAAGCUGAGCUUCUGAUGCUGGAGCAAUUUUCAGUCCCAAGAUUUUAUCAGCAAGUUGAUGUACAUCCAGAGUAUAUUGAAGUUCACCUCUUUGGAGAUGCUAGUGAGUUAGCGUUUUGUUCUGUGGGUUAUCUUCGGUUCAAGUACCAAGAUGGGACAAUGAAGUGUGUAUUUGUGACGGCGAAAACCCGCGUAGCACCGACAAAGAAGUUAAGCAUACCAAGACUCGAGUUGCAAGCAGCCGUCCUAUGUAUGAGAGUGGCAAGCGUGAUUAUUAAGGAACAUGACUACACGUUUAGUGCGAUGCACUUUUGGUCGGACAGUACAACAGUCCUUCACUGGAUUUGUGGAACUUCAACACGACACCCAUCAUUCAUCGCAAAUCGGAUAACCGAGAUUCUGGACGCAACAGAAGUUAACCAGUGGCAUUAUUGCCCAACUAAGUUAAACCUAGCAGAUGACGGUACACAUGGACUUCCAGUUUCAUCCCUCACAACAAGUUCUCGUUGGCUGAAUGGACCUGAAUUUCUGCUGUCUGAUGAAAAAGAAUGGCCCCACAACGUCACAGUCAAGAUGGUCGAAGGAACGCCUUCCGACAAUGGUCAAGAAAGUGAUCAUCAUUUCGCAGACAAAACGACAGCGCAGAGUGAACCCGCACAAGUGGAACUUGUUGAUAUUACCCGAUAUUCUUCAUACCUUCGCAGGUUGACUGUUAUGGCUUAUGUUAAACGUUUUCUUCGUAAUCGUAAAGUGCGAGAAUCCGAGAGAGUAUUCGGUAAUCCAUCAGUCGAAGAACUUGAACAUGCAAGGAAACAGUUGAUUCGUAAAGAACAAGCGAAGUCAUUCCCGUCUGAAGUCAAGGCCCUUAAACAUGGACGUCCUGUCGAAAGACAAAGCAAGUUGGUGUCCUUAGCGGCUUUCAUGGACGAAGAUCGAAUAGUAUGCGUUGGUGGUCGCAUUGGGAAGGCGGCUUUACCCUUCGUUACGCGUCAUCCGAUUGUUUUGGAUUCAUAUGGGAGGAGCAUGGGAGAGACUAGUGCGUUCUUGUAA